ACAUACAGGUAAGUACAAGUGGCACCACCGCACACACACGUACACACGCACACACAUACACACAAGGUAGCCCACGCCGCUCACCUGAGAUUCAAACCAGCGUGUCAGCGAUGAGUUUCAGCGAUGCCACCCUACAACAACACGCUGCCUGAGUUCAACAAUCGGUACGGCAUCAAGCCAGAGUUCUUCAACUACACUCCCUUCUACGUGGGCAUCACCUUCUGCACCAUCAUUGGCAUUGUCCUGAUUAUGGUCAACUGGAUCUGCAGCUGCUGCCACGAACACUCCAAGUACUGGAACGACCCUGACACAGGGAACCGCUUCGCCUCCCUCAUCUUUGUGCGCAAGGCCAAGCAGCGGCCCCUCGACGCCCUCUACUAGGAGCCUCCCAUCACAACCCAACACCUGCCCUCGCUGCCUGCCCUGGGAACUGAAAGCUCGUCACCAUGGCCGUCAACGCUGCCUGGCCCCCGCUCACCGCCCUGGCCAUGUUCGUCAUCAUCGUGGCGUUCAUCAUCAUCAAGUACGGGGACCGGCUGUUAUGUGCUCGCUCGGUUCCGCUGAACAGGGAGGUGAUAGAGGAUGA